GCCCACACUGGCGGCUGGACACUAGAACCCCCGCUCUGCACCCACGCCCUCACUUUAUAAAGGCCCAGAUCAAGCGAGCGAGCAUUUAUUGCGUGCCUACUGUGUGCCACGCCCUGGAUCGGGGAGGGGUCUAAAAACAGUGCCCACCCUCCCGGAGUCUAGAGUUGGUCCUCCAGAGAACGCUCUGGGCGCCUAGACCAGCGCAAGCUCUUAACAAAAAUGGAGGCCAAAGUCCAAGGUCACCAAGAUGAUUGGGUCCAACGACGGCCGAUGCCCGAGGCGGAAUCUUUCAGAAGCGUUCUUGGCGCCUCCCACAGUCAGGCUGAUGGGGCCGGACCAGGAGCCCACGGAGCUCGGAGCCUGUGUGGCCCGCGCCGUCCAGGCUGCUUCCGCGGCCCAGACGGCAGUCGGCACUGACUGGGGUCGGGGUCAGAGGAAGGCGUCGACAAGGGCCCUACUGCCCGGAAACUCUGGCGGCCAGCCCGGAGGUGAGAUUCAACCAAGUGGCCAGGGGUUCCCUUGUCUGUGGACCGCGGUGCCCCUGGACUGCGAGGCCCUCGCCAACACGCCUGCCGCCACAUUCUGGCUGAAAAAUAAUUACAGCGAUCCAGUGGCACCACAGCCCCUGAGUCUCCAAGGAGACUGCCAGCCCCUCAUCUGUUCCUCGAGGGUCUGUCCCAAGCAUCCCAGGAGUUCUCCCCAGGGCAAAGUACUGAGCCAGAGAAGUGGGUGUGGGGUCAACCCAACUCAGAAGCGCCCACCGGCACACACGUCCAGACUGAAAGGCAGAUGGGUGUCGGAGCAGAGUUCCGUGACCCAGAAAUCCGAGUCAGGCAAGGUUCUGGGCCAUCAGGGGGCCCUGCAGGCUGGAAGGCCGGACUUCCCCAAACACUUGAAGCCUAGGUGAACCACAGUGUAAACCACAAGAGGAAGAUGAGGAAACUGAGGCUCAGAGAUGGAGGGAUCUGCCCCAGGGUCCCAGAGCCAGUCAGUGGCAGAAUUGGGCUCCACGCCUCGCACCUGGACCCUGUCUCUAACUGAAGGUCCCUCUGUCAGCGAUGACUUCACUGUGGAUGGGGUUUUCUGUGGCCACUAUGACCUUUCUCAGAAGACAAGCUGACCACAGGAAGGAGGCUGGGUCUGAGCCCUGGGCCAGCUUGUCAGAAGACAUGGACUUGGAGGGAGUUAUCUGGACAGUGCAGAGCCAAGUGGAAGGUGAAAUACAUAUUCAACAAUCCCACUAAAAGUUCCAUUUUUUACUGCUUUUAAAUAUCAACUUC